UUCAAUCCAAUAUUGUUAUGCAAAUGAACUUUUUCGUAGGAAAAAUUUGCUUACAAAAUUAUUACGUGUUAUAGUGUUUGGGCCACGGCAGACUGUGUUAUGUAAAUGUAUUAAAAUAAACCUUACGAAUGCUAUAAGCUCUUAAACAUUAACCAAAAUGUUUGUGGGGAAAUCGUGUUUGGUUUUCUUGUCGUUCGUUCUGGGCCUGGCGAGUGCCGAAGGCGAAAAUUCACUUUCCUAUCGCGAUAAAUGUCCAACGUUUCAGAUCAGAAAGUCGACGAUUAUUAAAACACAGAAGUCCAUUCACGAUGGCGCUGAGUUUCUGGGCAAGAAAAUCACGACUUCUUCUCGUGGCUGCCACGAACAGUGUUGCAAAGCCAACGGAUGUAAUUUGGUGAUGUUGAAAUACGACGUCGAAAGUUCCCAAGAAAAAGUUAGUUGUUUUAUGUUCAAUUGUCGUUCGCCUUCGGUUUGUACCUUCUACCGACAUUCAUCGUAUCAUAGCUAUGCUGCUCUCGAAUACGAGGACAGAAAGCCUCAAUAUUCACCUAAAGAUUAUGGAAAAACGAAAGAUUAUAAAACAGGUAUGUAUACUUAAUACUUUUACGUUCUACUUGUGAUAUUCUUUUCGAAUUUGGUAUAAAAGUUUAUAUAUUGAAAAUCAUUCCGGUUAUAAAAAGAUGAGAUUAACAAGACGUUUUUUAUGAAUAUUGAAAUGUACAAUUGAGUUUAUAUUUUGUUCAAUAAUUUCAAAAUACAUGAUGUUUUCAUUGUUUAAAAUUGUUGUGGAAUAUUAUGAAUGUUUCCAAAUAUAAUUUGCAACAUUUCGUUGCAUUGGAACUAUAUUUUUUAUAUGUUCUAAGACCUUUGUUAUUGCUCUGGGCAUUGUAUUGCUUCAGCUGUGAAGCCUUUGACAUGGUUUAUUGAUUUUCAUUUCUCAUGGUCAAUGAAGCACAACAUAUCUUAGUAUUAAAGUUGCAAUGCAUAUCACAUCUGAGUAAUUUUCAAUCUUUCCAUCUGCUGAAAAUGUUGAAUGUUCCUUUUAUAUGUUGUGGCUAGCAAGAAUAGCAUGAUUUCAAUGCUACUGCUAGAUAUUGUUGUGGCUAGAAUAGUAGAAUCUGAAAAUUUGUGAGUUGCUGUGUUCUCAGAUCUGACUUAGUUUCAUCAAUUUUUGUGCAUCUUGCUAUCUACAGAGAGCUUUGGCAAAAAUGGACUGCCAAAAUUUCACAUUGUUUGGACAAUUAGGUCAUUAAUCACAACAUUCUGAAUAUUUAGUUUUUUUGUAUUUACGGGAAUGAAAACGUUAGAGAGUGAUUUCGAUUUGACUUCCAUCACCUCUCAAUGACUUAGUAUGUAUCUGAUUAAUUGGAUAUAUGAAACACAUCUAAUUGGUUAAUGGUCCCUUAAUUGUAGCGGCAGUGGAAGUCAAAGCUGAACCCCUCUAUUGUCCAUCCAGUAGUAGCAAGGACACAUUUCAGUGCAGCAGCAAAUUCCAGUCAAAUCUAUCAAAAAAAUCUUUAAAGCUUUUAUAACUCACAACCUAACUAUUGAAACAACAUAAAAUUUUAAGAACAGACUAAUUUGAGAAAUAAAUUAAAUUCUUGGGUCCAUUCUCCCCAAAUAUCAAGAUGAAAAUUUGACAGUGCUAAGUUGCAUUGUUGAAUUUACACACAUAGAUGGAUGAUCUGUAUAUUCAGAUAACCUACACAUGCAAGUUCCUUUUAGACAAACUACACAGAAAAUUCUAUUCAGAUUCUUUGUGGAUGAUCCAUCUGUUUGCCUGUGUUUAUACAGAAGGUGGAUUGUCAAACAAACCGUCUUCUCGUUGCCCAUGUUCGUCUCUUUCUCGAUCCUUUUAGAUGACGAUAAAGUGGAGACAACAACAGCAACAACAGAACCACCCAAUCCUACAACAACUCAAAAAACAUACAAAAAAUGGGGAAAUAUCAAUUGGUUUGAGGCAACUACCACAAGUAAACCAAGAUAUGUGAAACCAAAAUACGACAACAGCGGUUAUGAUAAAACUAACUCUUGGGGAAGGAAAAACUUGCUGGAUGAUCAAGAUCUUGACAAAUUAUCAACAACACACCGUUCUUAUAAUCGUAAGACCACUGAAUCCAAGAAAGCUAAUCCCUGGCAUGUGGAUGAAAGUAUGCCCAAGGAAACCAAAACCAAGAGCUAUGAUAGCAGAAAGUAUGGAACAUAUGAUCACACCCAGAAAGCUGACACAUUCAAGAUCCCAACCAAGAAGACCACACCAGCGGACGAGGAAGAGGACUUUCCUAGACGGGUGUUUGUUGAUAAUAAUCCAGAUUUUCCUGAUGAACCACGUAACCAUCACAGCGAACCAGAAACAAAAGAAACCAAAAUGCAAACCACAAAGAGUCCAAAUUUAAGAAUUACAAAAGGUGAGCUUUAACCCAUUGAGCACCAGUGCUCUCCCCUUGACGAGUGAAGUCGUCUGGUGUUAGACGACUUCACAAUUGUCGCAUAUUUGGAAACUGUUGGUGCAAUAUCAUAGUGUUUAAUUUACAUGAAGUAGAACACAUGAUAUCAUGCAAAAUUAAGGAAAUAAACAAGUAUUUGUCAUUUACUAAUUGUUGUAAGCAAAUAAAAACAGACACAAGGAUUGCUUGAUGUUGGCUCUACCAAUUUGAUGACAAGGUAAUUUAAACACAUUUCUGCCCACAAAGCACGGCCAGGAAUAGACAUAAUUAUAUACGACAUGUUCUUUAACUGGAGUAUUUGACACAUUCUGACCGGAAUAUUUAUUUCAUUGUUAUAUCUGUUGAAGGCCAUAGUAAGGCGAGACCUUGUGAUAAAUAAAUACUCCAGGCAGAGAACAUGUCUGUACUGUAUAAUAUAUAAAACUACAAAUUUUCGUAAAUUAAUGUUUAUGAAUUUCAAAUGGUUUAUGUAUCUGUAUACUUUUUCUCGCACAGGUACUACGACAAAGUCUCCCCCUGCCAAUCACUUUGUCAUCAAGAGAUUGAAUAUCCAAGACAAUAAAGCAGUCAUCCCAUUGGCUAUUGGGCUCGUGUUAGCGUUACUCCUACUUUUGGGGGUAAUAUUCCGUUUGAAGACAUCAAGAAGACGGAGAACCAAGGCAUUUCUUACAGACGAUGCAGAUUAUUUGAUAAACGGAAUGUAUUUAUAGACAGAAACAUACCCAGUUUCUUUUAUUUGAUCAUGAUAUUUGUUAUGAUUCACUGGCUUAGUUUACACAGUUUGACUGCAAGAUGUUAGACAUGUUUUCAAUGUCAUCGUUUUGAUAGGCAAACUGCCAUUAUAUGGUUUGAAAGCAAAGUUAAAACUGUUGAAAGGAAGCCAUUGAUAUUUGUAAUAUUUUUUUACUGCAUGGCAUGGUACACACGUAAAAAUCUCACAUCUUGUAACAAGUCUGCCAACAAGCCGUCAACAAGAUGUAUUGUUAUAUAUAACAACUUGUUGACAACUUGUAACAACCUUGUCGAAAUUAUCAGACUUGUUGCAAGGUUGUUCUGACAAGCCCGUUACAUACUUGAUAUAACAAGAUUGUUACAACCUUCUGUUGACAACCUUGUAACAUCCUUGUUAUAUCAUGGCUGUAACAAACUUGUUAGCACAGUCUUGUAACAAGUCUAAUAAUGCCAUCAAGCUUGUUACAAGUUGUUAACAGCUUGCUCCAAACUUGUUACAACAAAAUGGGAACAAGCAGUGCGAACACAACUUGUUGACAGCUUGUGAACAGACUUGUAACAACUUGCUUGCAGACUUGUUACAACUUGUGCGUUUUUACGUGUGUACUCUAAGUCAGUCGUAUUGAUUUACUUUGAAGUAAUUUUGAAUUGAAGACUCAUGUGUGAAUUGUACAUAAGAGGUUCAGAUUUUACUUUCACUACCAGGUUAAUCGGGUAGAUUAAAUGCAUCUCAUUGGUUAAUGGUCUCGUAAUGGUAACCAUAUUGCAUGAAGAAAAAUCUGAACCUCUUUACUGUCUAAACUUGUCAGUUUCCAAAGGUUAGGUAGCACAGAUUAGAUUGCUAGAUUCAAAUAUUUUGUAGCUGUACUAAGCUUGGUGACUGACUGAUUAGCAUAUGUCUGCGCUUUUAGGGGAUAAAAUUAAGCAGAGUUACAAAUAGGUAUUUUUGUUAUGGACAUGCCGCAGUAAUUAAUUGCUUGAAAGAACUGGUUGUGAAUACACACCGCACCAAAAAGCAGUGCUGGUAGCCAUUUAUAUAUUAUUGUGUUUGAAAAUAUUGUGCUUUGUAACAGCUUCAGAAUGUUAAUAAAUGUACAUCAUCAAAUUUAUAAUAGUAUUCAAGAUGUCCAUCAGUCACAUAAGAAAAGUAAAGCCACCCCCCCCCCCCCGAAUCACUCAAUUGACCAAUCGGCUUUCUUCCUUAUUUAAGUUAUUUUGCCCGCGAAAAUUUCGAAAGCAAGCAAACUUUUUCAAUUUCUUUAUAAUAAAAUUGCUUAAAAAUUUAUCGGCAAUUGCUGAUUAUAAUGACAAGAAGGAAAGAUUUUUAGAUGGACAAAUAAAGAGCGUUAGCAAGGACGUGUAAAAUCUAUAUUUUAUAUGAACUAUGGCAACUCCAGACGAACUAAACUCGACA